GUGAGUGUGUGUUUGGUGACGAAACGGGAGGACUCUUUGCCAGUUUGUCGUGCGCUUCCAGAAUCCAGUCCUUCCCUGGCUAUUGCUACUAUUCCUUUUAUACAACCUACUGCUGCGCUUCGUGCAAGAAGUUCUACAGCAACAUCACAGGUUGUGAAUAUGGGGAUAGAUACUCAGAUUGUAAUGCAGCUCUCUGCUCGCGGUACCCUGUCAGUAUCCAACAAGGAUGUUGUAAAACCUGCAACUAUGGUGUAUCAACAACUCUACCAACAACAAGCCUACCAACAACAACCAUACCAACAACAACCACACCAACAACAACCUUAUCAACAACAUUCACACCACCAACAACCAAACCAACAACAACCACACUAACAACCACACCAACAACAACCCAACCAACAACAGCCCUACCAAAAACAACCCUACCAACAACCACACCAACAACAACCCAACCAACAACCACUCUACCAACAACAACCCAACCAACAACAACCCAACCAACAGCAACCAAACCAACAACAACAACCACACCGACAACAACCAAACUAACAACAACCACACCAACAACAACCAAAUCAACAACAACCACACCAACAACAACCCUACCAACAACAACAACCCUAGCAACAUCAACCAUGCUAACAACAACAUCCCCGACAACAACAGUUGAAAUAAAAACUACCUCAAGUAAAACAUUAACAGAAAAGGAAUCUUCGACAAAUACAACAACAACCACACCAACAACCACAACUACAACAACUAAACCUACAUCACAAUCACAAACAACCACAAAACCUACAACUAAAUCACAAACGACAGCCAAACCUACAACUAAACCUACAACUAAAUCACAAACAACAGCCAAACCUACAACUAAACCUACAACUAAAUCACAAACAACAGCCAAACUUACAACUAAACCAACAACUAAAUCACAAACAACAGCCAAACCUACAACUAAAUCUACAACUAAAUCACAAACAACAGCCAAACCUACAACUAAACCUACAAUUAAAUCACAAACAACAGCCAAAUCUACAACUAAACCUACAAUUAAAUCACAAACAACAGCCAAACCUACAACUAAACCUACAACAAAAUCACAAACAACAGCCAAACCUACAACUAAACCUACAACUAAAUCACAAACAACAGCCAAACCAACAACUAAACCUACAACUAAAUCACAAACAACAGCCAAACUUAAAACUAAACCUACAACUAAAUCACAAACAACAGCCAAACUUACAACUAAACCAACAACUAAAUAACAAACAACAAACAAUUCCGCAACUAAAUCUACAAAAUAAACACAAAAUUCAAUCGUAGGGUCCUCGAGAGAUUACUUUAAGUCACAACACCAUCCCCACCUACAAUAUCCACAACUUCAACACCUAACCAUCCACGUCUACACAGACCUCAACCACAACUACAAUUAUGAAGUCUGCAAACACCCACAACAGCGGUAACACCAUCAUCAAACUCUACAACAAAAACAACAAACAACUCAUAAUCUGUCGUAAUACCUAUUGCGAUAAUUUGAUUUACAUUUUUACAACUAUAUAAUCAAAAACAACACAACACAACCAACAGCAUCACGUUUAGUUACAACUUCACCAACCACACCCAAAA